GGAGCGGCCAUUUCGAGCCCUUUGCGGCGCCGAAGCGUGAGGGAGCUGCUUGGCAUGCCGGGUGGUGAGAGAGACGAAGUAGAAGCUGGUGCUUAGCCCCAAACUAACGAGUCUUGGAAAGUUACAGUACCUUUUUGCAUUUCAUCUGGCACCAAAGGAGGGCAUGUUUAGCCCCUCUGCUGCUUCUGAAUCUCCAUUAGGGAGAGUUUCAAUUCUGCUGUACUCCCACACCUGUGUUUAGUGCAGGUUGAUAAAUAAAUGACUUCAAUUUUGGAAAAAAAAAAAAGCACAAGGAAGAAGGUUCUACCUUGAACAGUUAUAUGAUGCAAAAACUCAUUCCCAAGUGUAGGCUGUUUAAAACUUAAUUGUUGAUGUUCAGUGAUACUGAUAGAUCUCUUGGCCUGAAUAAUAUUGAUAUUAGCAUGGAAGGAACCUUCAGCUGUAUGUCCUGCCUCAUGAGGAAUUUUGUAUUAUAUGUUCUGCUUAGUUAAGCACUAACAAAUCAAAGGAAAUGGAGGAAGGGUCGUAACAUAAGAAAGAAAUGAAGAAGCGUGUAUAACUCAGCUGGCACAUCAGCAAAACAAGACUAUUUAAGGAAGAAAUAGUGAAAAACAGGUUCAGGGUUAAUCAACAGACAAGGAUGAAGAGGCCGCAACAACCACCAUGACCACUGCUUCAAUUCAUUGAGUCUGUGCAGAUGGGAGGAACAUACAUGUAUAAUUUCAGUAAACCAGUAGUAAUAUGUAUGACUUCUUCAAGAAAUGUAAUGAAUAUGUAAGCCUUGUGAUUAUAAAUUUUUUUGGUCAGCAUUGAGAAGGUAAAUGCACUUUGGCAGAACAAUCCAUGUGUGUCUCCAGUGCCACAGCUUUGAUAAUAAAGAAUGCCCACUUUCUAAGAUUUCAAAAUAGGUCUUUUUAUUUGCUGCUUUUAUGGUAACAACAGCUGCAAUAGAGUUGUGGUAUUCAUCACCUUUGUUCUGAUAAUAGCUUGUAGCUGUAUGGGUUGGGGAGGAAAUGGAACUUAGUCCUGUGAGUAGUCACAGCUGCUUAAGUUCUGUAACCAUUUGUUUUGGCAUGCUAAUUUUACCUAUUACUGCUGGUUUAUAUAUGUAAAAAGCACGUAAAAAUCUCCCAAGAUAGAGAACUAGAGGUUAGUAAACGACUAGCAUGCAGAUAAAAUUACUCUAGGCUAUUGCACAGUGAGGGCAGGUUCCUCUGCUGUGUGUUCCAGUCUAUUUUGUAUGGAUUUAUGCAGCUCAAGGGGUGGAUGGUAUUGCAGAUUCAGCUGAAAAUUACUUUUUUCUUUUGGGGAUAGUCUCCAUUUUUGUUGAUAGCAGUAAACAAAAUGUCGAUAGAUUGUUAGAGCAGGAAGCCUUAAAGAACAGGGAAAUGGCGUUGUUUCUCAUGCCAACAGGCCUGGAUAAGUUCAAAAUUAUUAUAAACUACAGUGAAGUGAGUGUUUGAGUAUGACUUAGAUGUGCAGCAUCCUUUAAAGUUAAGCUGCUGGCUUACAUGCAUGUGUCCAUGUACAGGAGAACUUCAUAUCCAAGUUUGCUCACAAAUUGCUUUAAGUUAACCCUAUGAAAUGGAGCAGGGGAGGUUUGCCUGCUUAACAGAGGAUUUUCUUUAAUUUCUUGAAUGCUCAUUGAUUUUAGGACAGGUUGAAACAUGACUGAUGCAAAUGAAUCCCAGGCUUCUGUUUCUGAUUACCCUGAUGCCCAAGAUCUAAUAUGCACUCAACAGAAAGAAAUAGAUAUGUUAAAUGAGCACGCAACAAAUAAACACAGGAAACGUUCACGCUCAAGGCAGAAGGGUGCCAUUCCUGAGGAGUCUUCAGUUGAGGUCAUCCUGGACAGCAGUGAUUCAGAAAUUGGCAGUGAGUACCACACCAAGUGCUCCAUUGCACCUUCAAAGCAAAAAAGGAAAUCACGACCUUCAAGGCAACAAGUGGAAGCUGUUGUAACAGUGCCUGAUGAUGAAAGUUCAGAUUCUUCUCCGUCUCCUCCGAGUCCAGUGAAACUACCUGAAAGCUCCAAAGAGAAGAAAUCCAAGCUUAAUUUGAAAGCCAUUUUUGCCUAUCACUUCAGGGGAAGGAAGUUUAAAACUGCUGCACACAGGAAUUUUCGGAGUACAUCAAGGAAGAGGAAGACUGAGACGGAGACAAAGACAAGGCACGAGCGCACAUACAUGCCUACUGGGAGGCCACCACUGACAGCCUCACCACAAGAGCAAAGGAAAAGGCUUCUACAUCGGGGUUUUCAAUUCCCUUUUGUUGAAAAACAUUAUGGGACAAAACAUAUUCCCUUAAAGAUGGUUCUUGACUAUGAGCAAGCAGCUACAAAGGGAUACUUCCGGUAUAUUGAAAUGCUCAAAUAUGAAGAACACCUCAAAAAGGCUUUAAAAGCACUUCAAGCUAGUGAAGACUUAGAAAGAGAAUGUCUGGCAGUACGGAAACACAAGUAUUUAGAUGAUGAAGGUCCCAUUUCCCCUAUCCAGGAGAUGAAUGAUGAUAACAGCUUGGGUGCUGAUAAUCAAGAUGACUUUGAUGUCAGAGUAGUGGACAACAGCUGUUUCAUUUUAAGCAGCAAACUUCCCAAUAAGAAGAAAUCCAAGACAGAAACAAAACGUGCAAAAUCGACGGGAGUGGUGGGAGUAGAAAAGAAAGGCCGUGCUGCUGCUAAGUCUGGGCUUCAGCGAGGCUCACUCCAGUGAACAGAAAACUGCUUAAUGAGGUGGCAGCAGUCACUCUUCAGAUACCUCGUUAAGGCCUACUUGGUUUAAAGUGUUGGUCUGAGGACUGCAUUAAGCUGUCGACUCAGCAGCCUAGUCAGAUUGGGCUUAAGGCAUCUACCUGAGAAGUACUCUAUGGCUUCACAGAGUCGUCCUGGAUCUAGGAGUGGGGUUCUUGCUGGUUUAUCUUGCUUUUGGAUAAUGAAAUACUGGUCAACUGAUGCAAGAGACUUUGUGGAUGAAUUUCACCGGCUUGACAGCACCGAGCAGUUUUUACUUUUUUUUUUUUUUGGACUGUUUGAAUUCUUGAUAACUGUUGGCUGACCUCAGCGCACUCCUGUGGAACACAUUAGGGAAAGAGGAAGCCCACCCACUAGUCCAGCCUGGAGGAGUGUCUCGGUGACACAGAGAGAAAAUGAGAAAAACAAAGCCAUUUCCCAGGAGCAUGAACCUUCCGCAGGUACUGGCUUCUGCAUUUGACACAAAUGAAAAGUGGUGCAAAUGGAGGAGCUUGGUGAUUUGGAAUACAGAACAAAGGGAGCUCUGUUUUAAAAGGAUUAGCUGUGGAAGAGGAUAACGACCCAUUUGACUGCCUGUAGUGUCAGCUACUGAGUUGCUGAACGUCGGAGGGGUGAAAAGCAACACCUGAGUGCUGCCAGAGCAAGUCCCAAGGUUCUGCUGUGAUGUUGCUGCAUGUUUGCAAGGAAGAACAGAAAUGCAGAAAGGAUACUAGUGUUAAUUGCAGUAAUUUAAUGUCAUUUGAACUUUCCUUACUGCUCAGUAAACUGAAAUAGUGUGUUACCAACUGCUUUUUCCCCACUUCUCCAUUAUUGAACUCAACUGUAUUCAGGUUUGGGGGUGUUUAUUCUGUACAUGUCACAGCAUUUAAAUAAAAGCCAUGUCUGAAAGGA